UUCUUAGUUCUUCAAGCAGUCCAGAUUGGAGUUCUGUUUGUGUUGCAGCCAAUGAUUCUACAGUGAGAAUUUACAAAUUGUGGGAGAAAACUCACGAUAUUGGAAUAACAAUGGAAUUAAAAGGUUCUGGAACCUAUGGAAGUUCAUUAAUUGAAUAUCAAGAAGGUAUUGGUUCCAUAAAUGAUUCAGUUAGAUAACAUUGGUCUAUAGUGUACCCUCAACGUGUGUCAAACUAAAUGAGACCGAAAAUAUGUCAAAGACACAAUUGAAAUUUGACAUAAGGGCGACGCUAAAAAAGGAGACAGAUCAUUUAAUUUCAGGGCCACUGCCUACUUUCUUACCUCAAGCAGCAAAUUAAUUUAAAAUUCGUUAAAUCCUUAAAUUUUAUUCGACUAUCUUUUUCGUUUCUUUAAGAACUAUAUCAUUAAGAGAUGUCAGCUCCAUUAAUCAAUCGUUCCUUGACAACCAUCAAGACGGAACUUGAAUUCUUAAAGGAUUCCGAUGUUAUCACCGAAGGCUUAUACGAAAAGUUACUCCAAUCAAUUCCAUCUAAAUAUCAAAAGGAUCAAGAACCAUGGGGUGUUGAUAAAUUAGGUUUAUCAAAUGGAUCAAAUGAACCAACUCGUCUGGAAACUGAUAAAUUAUCAGAAAAGUUAUCACAAACUACUAUUGCACCACCUGCUUACCCACCAGCUCCAAACCCUGAAAAGAUCCUUACUUAUUGUAGAGUCAUAUAUGAUUUCCAAGCUCAACAAAAGGAAGAUUUAGAAUUAAAGAAAGGUGAAAAAGUUAUUGUGACUGAACACUUAUCGGCUGAUUGGUGGAAAGGUUAUAGAAAAGGCUCCGAUCCAGAAAAGGGUACUGGUGUCUUCCCUUCCAAUUAUGUUACUAUAAUUUCGGAGCAAGAAUAUAAUUCUAAUAAUGAUGUUCGUAAUGCUGCUCCAGUACCAUCACCACAACCACUUUCACAACAACCAUCAUAUGGUGGCUAUGCUCAAUAUCCUCCACAACCUACUAAUUACUAUCCUCCACAACAAUACCAACAACCACCUACACCAGAACAACUGCAACAGCAACCACAACCACAACCACAACAUCAUACUUCUGAUCAAUUCAAGAAAUUCGGAAGUAAAUUAGGUAAUGCUGCCAUUUUUGGUGCUGGUGCCACUAUUGGUUCUGAUCUUAUCAACUCGAUUUUUUAAAGAAGUCGUUGGUUAUAUAAAGAACACAUUGAUGAUAAAAUAAUGAUAAGAUACUUAUAUAGGAAUGUGUUUAGUGUUACAACU